AUGGAUGAAUUACAAGCUUUACGACAUCAAAGGGUUUUCGAGUUAUUAAAAGAGCCUGGAAUAAAAGAAUCUUUUAGAAAAGAUUUGAAUUUAAUUGCAUUAGAAAAGUGGGAAGAAGCUGGAGAACCUUUUGAAGAAGAUGAAGAAAUAUUAGCAUAUCUUGAGUACAAGAAAAAUGAAGCUUGUAAAAAUAGUACUGACUCUGCUAACUCUGAAUCAGCUGAUGGAGUUAUUAAACAAAAAUCAAUUAGUAAGUUUAUUAAUAUUCUACCUGAUUUAAUAAAACUGAUUCAUAUCCGCCGAUUUGUGAAAUUUGCUGAUCAUCAGUUAUGUGGCGUAGUACCGAUUAAAAUCGAUCAAAACCCGUUCCUACAUAAGAAAAAAUGUCAAAAAAUAUAUAAAAAAACUUUUAAGACCUCUCCCAAAAUAUUUACCCCUUUAACCCAAAACCAGUAG